UCCCCCACCCAGCCCCGAGCUGGACCGCACACCUUGGGACACGGUUUUCCACUUCCUAAGGACGAGCCCCAGACUGGAGGAGAGGUCCGAGGUGGGCGUUGGACUCUUCGCGAGGACCUCGGCGGCGGGCCCCGGGGAGGCGGCCGAGGCGGCGGCGGCCGGGGGCGACAUGGCGGAGGAGCAGGACCUGUCCGAGGUGGAGCUGAGCCCCGUGGGCUCCGAGGAGCCGCGCUGCCUGUCCCCGGGGAGCGCGCCCUCUCUGGGGCCCGACGGCGGCGGUGGAGGCGGCGGAUCGGGCCUGCGAGCCAGCCCGGGGCCCGGCGAGCUGGGCAAGGUCAAGAAGGAGCAGCAGGACGGCGAGGCGGACGAUGACAAGUUCCCCGUGUGCAUCCGCGAGGCAGUCAGCCAGGUGCUCAGCGGCUACGACUGGACGCUGGUGCCCAUGCCCGUGCGCGUCAACGGCGCCAGCAAGAGCAAACCGCACGUCAAGCGGCCCAUGAACGCCUUCAUGGUGUGGGCGCAGGCAGCGCGCAGGAAGCUGGCGGACCAGUACCCGCACUUGCAUAACGCCGAGCUCAGCAAGACGCUGGGCAAGCUCUGGAGGCUGCUGAACGAGAGUGACAAGCGCCCCUUCAUUGAGGAGGCCGAGCGGCUCCGCAUGCAGCACAAGAAGGAUCACCCAGAUUACAAGUACCAGCCGCGGAGGCGGAAGAACGGGAAGGCGGCCCAGGGAGAGUCAGAGUGCCCAGGCGGGGAGGCCGAGCAGGGCAGUGCUGCUGCCAUCCAGGCCCACUACAAGAGCGCCCACCUGGACCACCGGCACCCGGGCGAGGGCUCCCCGAUGUCAGAUGGAAACCCUGAGCACCCCUCAGGCCAGAGCCAUGGCCCGCCAACCCCUCCGACCACCCCAAAGACAGAGCUGCAGUCGGGCAAGGCAGACCCCAAGCGGGAUGGGCGCUCCAUGGGGGAGGGCGGGAAGCCUCACAUCGACUUCGGCAACGUGGACAUCGGUGAGAUCAGCCACGAGGUAAUGUCCAACAUGGAGACCUUUGAUGUGGCUGAGUUGGACCAGUACCUGCCGCCCAACGGGCACCCGGGCCAUGUGGGCAGCUACUCGGCAGCUGGCUACGGGCUGGGCAGCGCCCUGGCUGUGGCCAGUGGACACUCUGCCUGGAUCUCCAAGCCUCCAGGUGUGGCUCUGCCCACGGUCUCGCCACCUGGUGUGGAUGCCAAAGCCCAGGUGAAGACGGAGACCGCGGGGCCCCAGGGGCCCCCGCACUACACUGACCAGCCGUCCACCUCACAGAUCGCCUACACCUCCCUCAGUCUGCCCCACUAUGGCUCCGCCUUCCCCUCCAUCUCCCGCCCCCAGUUUGACUACUCUGACCAUCAGCCCUCAGGACCCUAUUAUGGCCAUUCAGGCCAGACCUCUGGCCUCUACUCGGCCUUCUCCUACAUGGGGCCCUCACAGCGGCCCCUCUACACGGCCAUCUCUGACCCCAGCCCCUCAGGGCCCCAGUCCCACAGCCCCACACACUGGGAGCAGCCAGUAUAUACGACACUGUCCCGGCCUUAAAGAAGGCCCUGUUACCACCACCCUCGCCCUGCCCCUUACCCCAGCCCUCGCGCCCUGUUCCUCGCCCAUCUCAGGCCCGGUGGCGGCUGUGGAGGCAGCUGCAGAGGCUGACAGCUGAGGGAAGGCCUUCUGUCUGGCCCACUGCCUUUGAUGACCCCACCCCAUCCUAUCCAGACUCCAGCCCAGGCACAGCCCUGGGCUACUCGGCUGGGCAGAGGAGAAGGAGGUUGCUUGUUGCCCCAGACUGAAAAACGAGGGGCUGCACCUUCCCCCCAGGAAUGACCCUCGAUCCCAGGAUCUGAGCAGGCCCCGCUCACCCUCCUCUGGGAGGAGGGGAAGCAUCCAGGGUCAGAUGGGAAUUGGAGGCCUUGCCACUCCUGUGCCCAUGUUUCCUCUUCCGUGGGCAAUAAGGGGACUGACAUAACCCGUGCCACCCGUGCCAUGUGCCUAAGAGCAAGGCCAACCAGAGACCUGUGUCAGUGCCUGCAGCAGGCCCCGUCUGCCCCUCAGGGGCUGAGGACAGUUCUGAAUAGCCUCGAGGGAGAGGGGGUGGGGUGGGAGCUCAGAGGGAGGUCUCCUCAACCCUUCAGUGCCCCCUCCCCUCCUGAACACAGGAAGGAAUUGGCACAGAGGCCCCCAGAUCCAAUUUCAUGCCAGUAACCUCAUUC